AGAACUACUCUUGGACAGGAUACACAGGUUGCCACGGCCACAAAACCUGCCACAGUGCUUGCCCAGAGAUGUAAUCACCAUACUACAUCACUUCACAGCUAAGGACAAAAUCAUGCAAGCCGCACAGCGCUCCCCUGAAAUGGCGGGCAAAUACUCAAUG